GCGACGCACAGACGGCGGAUAAGAAUUGACACAGGACAAAACUGAUCGCUAUAUAAUACUAAUCUGUAGUUGUUUAUAAAAGUUAAAAAGUUUGCGUUUUUUUUGCACAUAUGCAAGCAUUUCUGAACAACCAUACAUCCUAAUAAUAUGAGUGAACAAUCCUUGAAGCAACAGUUCGAGUUUUUACAACUACAACAAAAGAAAAGACUAACAAAGCAAAGUAAAAAGAAAGGUGAAGAGAAAUUUUGUGCAUGCCCUGGUGAUGAUAGAUUUGAUAAUUUUGAUGGUGUUGAGGAUGAACUUAAUUUAAAAUUAUCUAAGGCCGUAGACUUUAAAGACACAGAUGAAUACAAAGAUUUAGAAGAAACAAUCAGGGAGUUGUGUGAUGAAAAUGGAAGAUUAAGUAAGCUGAUAGGUGAAAAAGAUGAAGAACUAAAGAUUGUAAGAAGAAGAUGGAAAGAAGAUAAAAGAGAAUUGGCAGGUGGUGGUUUUAGUUCAGAAAAAGCAGCAUCUAAAAUCAUAGAAUUCUCAAAACGAAUAAGAGACCUGACGUCAGAAUUAGAGAAGGAAAAAACAAAAAGUCAAACUUUAAAAAGAAAAGUAGAUACUUUAGAGCAGCUUACUAGUCCACAAAAACCACAACGGACACCAACUAAAGAGGAAAAAGAGGCUGAGGCAAAUGAGUUACUGGCCACAAAAGAAAAACUCACACAAAUCCUUUUAAAAUCUGCUGAAGAACGAAAUGAAAUUGAAAGUUUAAAAAAGGAACUUAAAAUUGCACAAAAGGUUUUGACUCGAGAGGUUGGUGAAAAUGCAUCGUUUCACGCUUUGUUGAACAGCUCAACCGGAUGGAGAGGGAGACAACAACAAAUAAUAGCGUUGCAAUCAAAGAUAUCUGACUUGCAGGAAAAAUUAUCCGUCCAUGAAGGUGCUACUAAAUCACGCAAUGCGCUUCUGAAUGGUAUAUCACACCAUGACGAGAAACACAGACUUGCUAUGAAAAAAAUAGAAUUAGAAUGUUAAAUGUUAUGUUCUUUUCAGAUAUCUGACUUGCAGGAAAAAUUAUCCGUCCAUGAAGGUGCUACUAAAUCACGCAAUGCGCUUCUGAAUGGUAUAUCACACCAUGACGAGAAACACAGACUUGCUAUGAAAAAAAUAGAAUUAGAAAGGAAAGAGCAUCAAGAGAAAAUGGUUAAAGAAUUGGAAGUUGUUACUGAAGAACGUGAUUCGUACAAAGAAAAGAACAGUGCUGCUCGUGCUAGAAACAAAAUACUGACCCAAGACGUGAAGAAUUUUAAAGAGCAGAUCUCCACCUUGGUGGAUAAAGGAAAACACGAUGACGAGCUUGUUAGCGCUCUUCUUAGAGAACAACAAUAUUUGAAAGAGGAAAAUGACAGGCUUAAAAACGAUAAAAAACAAUCGGCACACGGAGAAAGAAUUCUCAAGGCGUCUGGAAAUUUCUCCGCUAGAACUAACGAAAACAACGAUGAGCUAGUAGCGAAACUUAAAGAAGAUGUGAGGCUACAAGAAAAGAAAGUGCAAGAACUAGAAUCAGAGUUAGUGAAUUUAAAGAAAUCGAGAAACUCUCAUUCUGAUCGCAGUCUCGUUCCCAAACCCCCUGUAACAAGUAAUCGGAAAAACGAGAAAGGUUCGAGAAGACCGUAUAGCAGUAGCAGCACGCGGGAGAAAGAACCUUUGGAGUUACAACUACAAGAGAUUCGUUCAUUGCUAGACGUUGCUCUGGUAGAGAAAGAGAAACUGAGCGAAUUAACGCAACUUUUGCAGACACGAAAUGAAAAAUUAGUUCAAGAAUUGCUCGAGAAAGACUUUACUUUGUCAGAAAGUAAAAAUCAAAACGUCAAACUUGAAAAAAGAUUGGGGAAGUUGUCCGUCAUACAAGGUUCAAAUGUGAGAAUACGUGGCAGUUCUGCGGGAAAAUACCCAAACAGUGGCAAGCCUAAAUCAGUAGAAGCAUUAGAAGAAGAACUGCUUGAAGCAGAAACAAAAUUGUCUAUCCAACUGGAUAACAAUGACGCUUUAAAAGACGCACUUUCAACGACGUUGAAAGGAAAAGAAACUGAUCUGAAAGCUUUUCAUGAUAUGGUGGAACAAACGAAAAAAAUAUUUCUUCAAGGAUUAAGACAAUAUCGAGAAACUUCUGCUUCUUAAAAAAUAUUGUUGUGCAACAUGUAAUUAAGAUUAGCCAGUAUAGUUGCACCAGAUCGUUAGUGAUGUGAAUAAAAACCUUCACCCAUCACUGCACUUUUUCCCUCAAAAGGGAAGCGAUUAUAGGAGAGAUAUUUUCCGACACAAUAUCCAACUGGCGUACACAAAAGAUUUGGAAUGUCGUUAUUGUCUAUUUUCGAUAUUUUUAUCCAGUAUAAAAACGGGUUACAAUUAAGUUCCACUUUUCAAAGUGAUCUUGACAGUUCCGCUUCAUCAUCUUUUAACACCUGCACGAGACUACAGGCUACGAGACAAUUUAGGCGUUGCCAAAGUAAACAUAGCAACGAUUCUUUUUUUAUAUUGAAUUUUUGUCAAGAUAAUAAGUUAUAAAUUUAGACUGUGUAGGUGAUUCAAGUUUGUAGGCUAAAAAGCAUGAUGUGACUAUAUUUGAAGUGUUCCCUUUUUUCAAUUUUUUGGUUUGGAGGACAGAAGUUAUUUAAUAAUUUGUUCUUCUCUUGUGCGUGCUGCUGCUUCUUUUUUAUUCACUGUUUGUCGGUGUUAUAUUUUUUGACGAUUCUGUGUAAGUUUUGUGCACACAGACAAGAAGAGAGGGUCAAAAGAACUCAUUUUAUUAUGAUUUUUUUAAACUUUCCCACCGGGUCCAAUGUUUUUAGAACUGUUAAUGUUUUUUUUUAAAUGAUUGUAUAUAUAAUAUAAAUAACGUCUAUAAAUUGGCAAUUUAUUGAGAUUUUAUAGAAUAUUUAACGUUAAUAGAAAUAAGUUAAGGAAUAA